AUUCAAUAAGCUACAGGUGCUUUAAAUUCUAGGUAAUGUUCCCAUUAUAAGUACGCAAUCUGUCCUAGAAAGCCCGAACAGGUUAUUUUUCGAAUAGCUACGAAGGUCAGAACGGUAUUCCCAAGAUGUCUGGUCGUGGAAAGAAUGUUGUGGCAGCCAAAAAGACAUCCACAAGUCGCUCCGCCAGGGCAGGCCUCCAGUUCCCUGUGGGAAGAAUCGCCCGUCUGUUGAAGAAUGGAAACUACGCGAACCGCAUCGGUACUGGAGCUGCGGUGUACCUUACUGCUGUCUUGGAGUAUCUCUCUGCUGAAGUUCUGGAGCUGGCGGGCAACGCAAGCCGAGACAACAAAAAGAUGCGCAUUGCUCCGCGACACAUCCAAUUAGCGGUGAGGAACGACGAGGAGCUAAACCAACUGUUUGGCGGUGUCACCAUAAGUGAUGGGGGUGUCCUUCCUAACAUACAGGCAGCACUUCUCCCCAAGAAAACCUCUAAGACGCCCAGCGGCAACGGAACUGCCGCCGACUUACAGUCUCAAGAGUUUUAAAUGUAGACCCUGAAUGUUUUGAUCACUAACUUGUUUUUACAAUUCUAAAUAAAAUAUUUGUACAUAGAAUUUGA